AGAGGGGACAGCCAAGAUCCGAAGCCAAUGGGAGGAGAUUGCGCGGAGCACGCCGGGAUGAUGGAGAAUUUCUCCGCUCUCUUCGGAGGGACAGAACCGCCUCCGCCUAGCACAGCCGCCGCGCUGGGCUUUGGUCCAGGGAAACCCGGAGGACCGGGGACUGGGCCAGCUCCCGUCCCUGCGGUGACCCCCGUCGGAGAGAAAGCGGCGGCCGCUAGUGGCCCGUUCUACCUAAUGCGCGAGUUACCAGGUACUACAGAACUAACAGGGAGCACAAACCUGAUCACCCACUACAACCUGGAGCAUGCCUACAACAAAUUUUGUGGCAAAAAGGUGAAGGAGAAGCUCAGCAACUUCCUGCCAGACCUACCAGGGAUGAUAGAUUUGCCAGGUUCACAUGACAACAGCAGCCUGCGCUCUCUCAUUGAGAAACCCCCCAUCUGCAGCAGUUCGUUCAACCCUAUCACUGGUACCAUGUUAACAGGCUUUCGUCUCCAUGCAGGCCCGCUGCCAGAGCAGUGUCGCUUAAUGCACAUCCAGCCACCUAAGAAAAAAAACAAGCACAAACACAAGCAGAGUCGUACCCAGGAUCCUGUACCUCCAGAAACUCCUUCAGAUUCUGACCACAAGAAGAAAAAGAAGAAGAAAGAGGAUGACCCUGAGCGGAAAAGGAAGAAGAAGGAGAAGAAGAAAAAGAAAAAUCGGCAUAGCCCUGAACACCCUGGUGUGGGCAGCUCUCAGGCCAGCAGCAGCAGCAGCCUCCGGUAAAGUCCUGCCAGAGAGUUACCUUGGAAGGUGCUACAGCUUUGACAAGAAAAGGAGGAAGAGCAAUAAUGGGGGAGUCACCACAGACUCAUAUACUUCCCCUGCUUCCCCUUCACCCCUACUGAGUGGAACUUCUGGGACUCCAUUGAUCCCCUCUAUAAGGAACACAGACUUUGCCUGCGACACAAUGCAGACUGGUGUCUUUAUAUGGGAGCCCUGCCUACUCGGGGAGGGUUUUUUUCUUCUUUUCCUUUUUACAGAAUGUUCCUGACCAAGUUGGGAUGUGUCUGCCUCGUGAUUUAGUUAAACCUUUGUUGGAGCACUUGGGAGGGUCUAGAACCUCCUCUCAUAUCAUGGGCUUUCAAACUGCACUGUGAAUAGAUAGGGUUAGAGACUCCAGAAGUGCUUUCUUUUGUAAA